CGAUGAAUCUGCUGCGUCUUGAAGACGUCUUCUUUGGUGGGACCGAGGAGGAGCGCCAGGAAGCCGAGUCUGCCCUCAACAAGAUCAACCUGCUGCGAGUACGAGCUCAGGAGCGCAGACAGGAGGCUCACCGUCGCCAGUCUCUCACCGAGAGCUUCCAGAAGCUACAGGUAGAGGAGAGCCUGCUAGACAAGGCGCUGAGCGAAGUAGAGGAGCUGAGGCGCACCAACGAGGACCAGAGGAGCAAACUCUUCAUAGAGGCGGAGCAGCUCUUGAAGAGGAGCCAAGCGCUCAUUGAGAAGAAAGCGCUGGUAUCACAAGCUCGAGCCAGACUCAUCGAUGAAGCCGGGCGAAAGGAUUGCCACAUUUCUUCGGCCAGUGAGGAAGAGGUCAAAGCGAUGUCCCCUCCCGAUAGCCCUCCGAAGAAGGGGCAUCCAUCCCAUCCAGGCCUGGUCACAGUGCCCAAGCGUACUGCCUCCCUCAAAGAAGCUGUAGGACCUACCAGCACUCAAGCUACAUCUCAACCACCUUUGCAAGAGGCUCGCCGCCCACAGACCGCCUCCGCCGUCUCCUUGUCUCGCGCUGGAAGCCGCACUCGCCCAGCCACCUCCUCGAGCACCACCCGCACCGUCAGCGGCCUCUGGCGUCGCUCCUCUGUGGCCCACCCUAGCGACUCUGUGCAGGGAGAUGCGAGUCACGAUACUAGCUUUGGAUCCUCCAUCGCUUCUCGAGGCUCUUCGCUGCGCAGCUUGUUCGCGCCUUUCUCUCGCAGCAAGGAGCUGGACCUCAGCGCGAGCGUCGCCACGCCCAGAAAGGACAUCCACUCCUUCUACGUCCAGCAGGGGCUUGCUGCUAAGGAGCAAAGGAAAACAAAGCAGACUCAGGCGGUGGGGCAGGAGCCAGAGUCAGAAGAAGGGUAUGAAGAGAUUGCAAAUGACAUAACGAGGGGCCCGCAAGACGAAAGCCAUGCACAGGGGAGGAUCGCAAUGGCUUACGUCUGAGAUGACCGGUGCUAGUUGUCAUAGUGAUGCGAAGCGCUCAAUGCUAGAAGUCCUCAUUCACGCUGCUGCUCUGUGUGAGGCUUGAUCGAGCACACUAUCCCAUAGAGUCUCUCGAGCUGCCCUGCACUACUCGAUGACGACGGUCGCCGCACCUCUCAGCACCCUCUCUUCCCCCGACACCUGGUCCGAGAUGAGCAGGUCACCGAUCGAAUGUCGACCUCUCAUAAGCGCCAUCAUUGGUAGGAGAGCAAGCUCGGAA